AUGACAUCCUCUCAGCUUCACAGCUGCAGUGAGUGGUCGCAUUUGAACACCUUACUCUCCUUGAAGCUACUGUCUCCCACUGCACUGCUGGCUGUCUGUGUGGCCUAUGUGUCAACGGCCGAAGUCUGGGUGGACAGCGCUAUCGACUGGACCUUCCAUGGUUUGAACAAGGCCUGCCAGCGGCAUGGAUAUGGGAUCUCCGCAUCGUCCGUCAUCAAAUUCACCGCAAACAAUUCUCGCUUCGCCAGCAGCUCAGCAACGGAAUGGUGUGAGCUGAGCUGUACCAUGGGAACCCAGGCUUUACUGGUGCGCUUGGGCAAUUCAGAGCCUGUUGCGAAGGCAGUGGGCCCAGCUUUGGGUGAUUUACAGAGUGAUCAGGUGGAAUACUUCAGUGUCUGGAAUCCCCAUCGACCAAAGUUUCCCUCCGGGGAAGCUCGAAGAUUGAAACGCCUAGCUCCGGUGCUGACACUUGUGCGAGGUGAACAGACUCUCCUACACGAGCCCGGCUUUUUGGUGCUGCGGCCCAUGCUGAAGCAAGUGAUUUGUUGUUCCUGCGAUGAUCCAGUGGUCCAAGAUGAACUUCAGAGACAAGGACUCCAGGCCGUGGAGUCCACGGUCGUUGAUGCCGCGAUCUUGCAGAGCUGUCGUACCUUGGCGCUUCUGGAAGACUGUGGUCCAGUAAUCUGGAGUCAGCGCUGGAAGGAUUUGGUGAUGCGAUGGAUGGAGCAGCACCAGGAGAAUCUCUUGCUGAACCAAGCGAUUCUGCUGCUGUUGAUGGAAGCUUCUCAGCUUGAAGCCUUUCAGCACCUGUGUCAGGAGCUGAAAGGAUCAGGUGGUUGCAAGCUCACAAUGUUCAGCUUCAUCCAUGGCGCUCGUCGAUGGGGCUUCGCUCUCCUGUCGGCGCAUUCUGUGACCUUGCCGGCUUUGAAGCUCCAAAAGAUGUGCUUCUUAGAGGAAAGCCAAUCAGCGUUCACUGACCGGGUUGUGGCGUUCACUGAGGUGGUCUCAUGGAAUUCUGCACAGGGAUGGAUCGCUUGUGGUGGUGAAAGUGGCCUCCUCAAGGUUCUGAAGCUAGAAUCCUCCGAAGGCGGCAAAGCGGCUGCCGGUCAGAGUAAUUUGUCAAUGAAUCAGACGUUAGAGGGGCAUCAAGGCACCAUCAUGGUCAUCACUUGGAAUGAAAACUUCCGCAAGCUGACCACCAGCGACCAGAACGGCCUGAUCAUCGUCUGGAUGCUCCAUAGAGGCAUCUGGUUCGAGGAGAUGAUUAACAAUCGCAACAGAAGUGUUGUGAGGGACAUGAAAUGGAGUGCUGACUGUCAGAAGAUUUGCAUCAUCUAUGAAGAUGGUGCAGUGAUCGUUGGCACAGUCGACGGGCAAAGGUUAUGGGGAAAGGAGGUUAAAACGCAGUUGGCUUUUGUAGAAUGGUCCCCGGAUGGCAAGAACAUUUUGUUCUGCACUUUGAACGGGGAGGUGCAUGUCUAUGACAAUGAAGGGAUUUACUCCCACAAGGUUCCGAUCUACUGUUUGGAUAGCGGCACAGAGGGGACGGUGGCAAUUGCGGGCAUCGACUGGUUUGCAGGGCCAAGUGGUCCUGAUAACCAGACGCCGGCUCUUUGCCUGGGCUUUGAGAAUGGGCGAGUGCAGAUCAUGAGAAGUGAUGCAGACGACAAACCAGUGCUUUUGGAUACGCAGCUGCGCUGUACGGGGCUGAAAUGGGAUCCCAACGGCUCGGUGGUGGCCAUUGCUGGUAUUCAAGCACAGGGAGCCUCCAAUGACCGGGAGGUGGGGAUUGUGCAGUUCUACGCACCAAGCGGGCAGCAUUUGCGAUCGUUGCGAGUCCCUGGGCAGAAUCUGCGUGCCAUCUCCUGGGAAGGAAGUGGCCUUCGUCUGGCGCUGGCGGUGGACUCGCAUAUCUUUUUCGCCAACAUCAGGCCAGAUUACCUUUGGGGCUACUUUUCACACACCCUCGUGUACGCCGUCAAGUUCUCAGAUUUUUUCGAAGAGUUUUUGUCCAGUGAAGCCCUGAACAUCCAUAUCCACAUCGGGCUGCAAGGUGCUUCGAAAGGCAAGGGCUAUGUCUAUCCUUCAAUGAAGUCUGGCUCCAUCUGUGCGAGUUGGUGCCAGUGGAUCCCGGGUACAUCCUGGGGAGCAACCUCCGAUUGCAGCGACUGCUACAACUUGUACUCUGAGCAUUACAAGAACCACAGGUCAGCCAGUUCACUGCAGCAUCAAAACGGAUGCCAGGAUGCCUGCCGCUGGCUGUCAAGGCCUCAUUGGGGCAGGCACCCCAGUUGCAGAAAGUGCGAAGAUACGGUGCCUCUCAUCAUCCUUCCCAUGGCCUUUCAACAGAUUUCGGCAACAGAACAGCCAUUGUCUGGUUUGAAGCUGAAGACAGUUCAGGCACAGCAGCCAGAUUGGUGCAAGUGGGUACCCGUGGGCUCUUUACACUAUGUGGACGAGUGCUAUGGCGUUAGCGUAGCAUCGGACCCUGGCGUCGGGUGUAAGACGUGGUGUGUCUGGAGCCCAGCCACAUCUUGGAACUACAUGCCUGAGUGUCGCCGCUGCUCCCCCGAGACGCUUCCAACAGCCGUUCGAAAUGGCUGCGAAGAUUGGUGUCGUUGGGUCUCACGACCUGCCUGGCUGGACACCCCCGACUGUUCCAACUGCCACCGUGACCACGACCGUGGCCAGGGCAGCCAGAACAAUACCACAGACACCACUGGUGACACCGGCACAGAUGCACAGCGCAGGAUCGGCCGGGUUCAUCCAAAAAGGAGGCACAUUCGCUCCUCCGAAGAGUAUUGUGUGCUUGUCACGAAGGCCGAUGAUUCCAGCGGGCAGCACAUUGUCAUUGUCUGCAACGACAUUGGCAGCCCAGUGGACUCCAAGUACAUGCAGCUGGAGCCCAUGCAUGUAGCCAUGACGAAUUCCCACGUCAUCGCGACAUCCGAGGACGUAGUAUAUAUCUGGAACUACCGGAGCAGUGUGUCACGACAAGCGCAGGGCGAUUUGGCAUCAGCUGCUGCUGGCAUGAAGCAGAGGCGAGCCGAGAUGAUGUUUCACAUCGAUGAAUCCUUUGCUCCGGGCUCUGGCACUCAUGACAAGGAUGGCUUCGUGCCUCCUUCCACGACGACCCAGGAUCCAAUCGCAUGCAUUUGUGCAACAGAGCAAUGCCUCCUUGUGGCGCGGGAGAGUGGUGUAGUGCAACGAUAUGCCUUGCCACAUUUGGCAUUGGAGGCUCGCUUCACCAUCCGCUGCCGCCCACAGGUGAUUGCGGCCAACUGUGAGAGCACGAGGAUGUCUGUCAUUGACAUCAAUGGGGUUCUUUUGCUCUUCGACAUUGAGGUGAAGUCCAAGAGCAGUUUCGGGGAUGUGAAACCCGUGUCCCCAGAGGGAAUGGACGGCAACAACCUCUUGGGCUUCACCGAGGCGGCACCAGCGGCCGCGCCAGCAGAGAUGCCGGCGGAUCCCAUGCCCUUCAUGGCUGAAUCGCAGGCCAUGGAUGCACCUCCCGUGGCGUAUCAAGAUCCCUUCCAAGGUGUGCCUGUGAAGGAUCCCGUGAGUGCUCCGCUGAUUCCAGAGAUGAAUGCACUUCGCGAAUGGGAGGAAAAUCACGAGAAGGAGCUUGAGGAAAUGGCCCGCAAGGAGGCACACGAGAAAGAGCAGCGUCGUGGGAAUGCCACGUCUGAGCUGUCGAAGUGGAAUGAGGAACGCUUGGAUUCGCGCAAAAAGCGCAUGGCCACAAACCGCACUGAUGAGGAGACUUCAGAGAAGGCCAGAGUGGAGGCCAUGAAGCCAGGUGCCAAUCCAUGGGAACGUGUUUGCGACUUGAUUGAUACCAAUGCCAAGGCAGCUGAGGAUAGUCGAGACACAUCGCGCCUGAGGUCCUUGCUGAUUCAUCUGAAGAGCAGCCCCGUCAUGCCUGUCGCAGCUUGA